AUCGCAUCUUCUGUAUAUAUUACUAGAUGGAAUCAUACUGCAAUGGUGCCAUGAUUCCACAAUUGGAGCUCAUUCUCCUAGCUCCGUGUAAGGAAUCCAGGGAGCGUGCAAUAUCCUAUAUCAAAGAUGACGUCAUCGCUUCCGGGCAUAGUGACCUACUAGAUCUAGUAACAUUUGCCGCUGAGGGCGAUGUGUACCGAGGUGUAACGUUAUUAGACAGAUGUAUGGGCCAAUCUGUUUUUUUGGAUGUUGACCCUUCCGUUGCAAUAUCAUGCCAAACCCUGUACGAUCAUUUGGUCUCCCGUGUACAUGAGUUCAUUAGUAACGGCUCCAAACAGGGCCUGGAGCGUAUCUACGUGCUUGCAGGGCUAGUUCUACUGCUGAAUACGUUCAUCAGGUUGAAUUGGUUAGGGCCACCAUGUGGAUGUUCCAGUGAAUCGGAUAAGCAUCUCGCAUCGCGUUACAGCAACAAAGCAAUUGAAGACCCGAGUGACAAUGACGUUACACUCGAUACCUACGGAUCUGUUACCGACAAGGGCGCCUCAUUCUCAGCCUUUGCUAUAGAGAAGGUAUCCCUAGAGUACACCCAGAGGUGUAUCCUAGGGUCGCCUGAUUUGAGGUAUAUCGACCUAGAACAAGGUGGCUACGCCACGCUAGUGGCAUCCAUAUUGGAUGCCUUGGAAAUAGAUGGUGAGACUGUAUACAGUGGCGUAUACGGCUCACCAUACUUUGUAGCUGCAUUGGCAUUCCUGGGCUGCCUAAACGGUUCAAUCGUUGGUCAGGGCCUAUCGAGUAACUCCGUGCUUACUAAGGAGAGUAGUACUCUAAAUACCGUUGGUAUAUGGCAGGGUCGUGUGGCAUUUAUAUGGCAGCGCAUCGUGCGAAACAGCACCCUGAACCCAUGUCCAACACUGUUUCGCACUUGCGUUAUCGACUUUGGCGAAUCGUUGAAAUCUUGCGGCAUCCUGCCGCAGGAUUUCAACAUAUCGGUUUGUGACCCUUUGUUGCUAAAGGAGGUGAACAUUGCUUCCGUUGAUGUACCAAACACGGUAUCAACUGGAAUGACUUUCUUGGCCAACUCCAUUAAGCCAGAUCUAGUAUCGCGUUUCGAGUGCCCUGGGUACCUACGACCACUCCUGAUACUUGAGCUUGGCGUAAGGCUGCCUUAUUACAACAUGUCGAGGCUAUUCGAUUCAUUAUUAAACAUAGCCUCAAGUACAUUGAAUUUUGGCUAUACCUUCACGGGCAAGCUGGGUAUUCGUCGAAAGCACCAAGUGCGGGAAACAGCACAGCUGGUACUGGUAACAGAUAGAUCCAAUGAUAAUGGACCUAGUGGGACCAAAGAUGAACAUGGUAACGCCAGUGUGCCCGAAAAUAUCGGUUUAAUAUCAGUAAACGACGAUAGUGAUAUCUUGGAGCGGCCCCGACUAUCCGAGGAAGCGGAUGAAUCGCAACUGUCACUGGCUGAGCAGUGCUUACUGCUAUGCCACGCGCUCCACAUGCUCAAGUCAACGCCCGAGAGCGAUGAGUUGAACCUGGAGUUCCUUAACGCCAUUGUUGUACGGUGCCUAGAUAAUGUAUCUGCAACCACAUCGUGGCUGUUAACCUCAGUCGCACUAUGGGUGCGCUGCAAGACUGAAUACCAUCGCACCAAGACAGUUGAACGUGCAACUUUGCAGCUAUACAAGCUGAGUGAUGCGUACUACGAGCCCAGUGCAGCGCCCGGAGCACGUCUGGAGUACAUCUGGAAUGUAUGGUACCCUAGUGCUUGGGGUAUAAAGCGCGAAAUUGCAAGGAGGAUGUCAUCUAUAGGGUCGUUCCUCACGGCAUUCGAAAUUUACAAACAGCUGCAUAUGUGGGAGGAUGCAAUACAAUGCUUAAUUAUAGUAGGACGUAAAAAAGACGCACUCGAGCUGGUAAACCAACAGCUGAAGACAGCACCCAGUGCUUUGCUGUGGUGCUUCCUAGGAGACAUAGAAGGUGAUAUAUCGCAUUACAAAACUGCUUGGGAGGUUUCCAAGCACCGUUGCGCUCGUGCGCAACGGACCCUGGGCUCAUAUUACUUCAACAAGGGCGAUUUGGACCAGGCAAUAGCUUCACUGGAGCUGGCGUUAUCCAUUAACCCUAUGCGAGAAAGCAGCCAGUUCAUGCUAGGAUGCUGCUACCUGAAGAAAGGCUCUCUGGAGCGUGCCAUAUCCGUGUUUGCCAGAGUGGUGUCCAUGAAUCCGUCGUGCCACGAUGCCUGGGCGAAUAUGUGCAGUGCCCACCUGAAUAUCGGUAACAUGAAGGAAGCAACUAUAUGCAUAGAGCAAGCAGUUAAGCAUAACGGGAACAAGUGGGAGUUCUGGGAUAUCCGGAUGCGUAUAGCCCUUAGGUCCCGGGAUAUACAGAACGUAUGCUUCGCUAUGGAAAAGCUGAUAUCCCUGGGAAAGAAGAGUGCUAUUGACCCACUCAUGGUGGCGUUCCUGGUGGACGCCUCCACGAAGUUUGAUCGCAACCAUGCAACGCAGAGAAUUAUAGCUCGUACCCUAGAUACAAUUACCAAGCAUAUCACUGAUAACGGCGAUAUCUGGUCGCAGUGCGCCCGCUACUUUGGAUUCCAAAAGUGCUACCUCGAGGCGCUGGAAUGCACGUUUCGGGAGUACCGAGCACUGGAAUCUGAGAUAGUUACCAGUCUAACCGAAGCUAAAGGUGAUCUAGAAAAACAACGUGAGAAUGAUGUUAACCAAAUUAAGCGAGUAACUAGCUGUCUAGGCGCAAUGGUGUCCCUGUUGAAGCGUAUGUCGGUGUCGGAUCGCCGUGACAAGCGCGCCACCGUGAUUGAAACUUUGCGCAGCGUACGAGAACGCAUACACUCCCGCAUCGAAGCCGUAAAUGCACAGUGGCAAAUGGAAAUGGACUCACUAAUAGAAAAUGCGGAAGUUGAGGACGUUGUAUGCGUAUAUGCAGAUGAGUGAGGACCACCAUCGC